GACAACGGCUCCGGCAUGUGCAAGGCCGGCUUCGCGGGCGACGAUGCUCCCCGGGCCGUCUUUCCCUCCAUCGUGGGGCGCCCGCGGCACCAGGGUGUGAUGGUGGGCAUGGGUCAGAAGGAUUCCUAUGUGGGUGACGAGGCCCAGAGCAAGAGAGGCAUCCUGACCCUGAAGUACCCCAUUGAGCAUGGCAUCGUCACCAACUGGGACGACAUGGAGAAGAUUUGGCACCACACCUUCUACAACGAGCUGCGUGUGGCUCCUGAGGAGCACCCUGUGCUGCUGACCGAGGCUCCCCUGAACCCUAAGGCCAACCGUGAGAAGAUGACCCAGAUCAUGUUUGAGACCUUCAACACCCCAGCCAUGUAUGUGGCCAUCCAGGCUGUGCUGUCCCUGUAUGCCUCUGGCCGUACCACUGGCAUUGUGAUGGACUCCGGUGAUGGGGUCACCCACACAGUGCCCAUCUACGAGGGGUAUGCCCUUCCCCACGCCAUCCUGCGUCUGGACCUGGCUGGCCGGGACCUGACAGACUACCUCAUGAAGAUCCUGACUGAGCGUGGCUACAGUUUCACCACCACAGCCGAGCGGGAAAUCGUGCGUGACAUCAAGGAGAAGCUGUGCUACGUUGCCCUGGACUUCGAGCAGGAGAUGGCCACUGCAGCCUCUAGCUCCUCCCUGGAGAAGAGCUACGAGCUGCCUGAUGGUCAGGUGAUCACCAUUGGCAAUGAGCGAUUCCGCUGCCCUGAGGCACUCUUCCAGCCUUCUUUCCUGGGCAUGGAAUCCUGUGGCAUCCAUGAAACUACUUUCAAUUCCAUCAUGAAGUGUGACGUUGACAUUCGCAAGGACCUCUAUGCCAACACAGUGCUGUCUGGUGGCAUCACCAUGUACCCAGGCAUUGCUGACAGGAUGCAGAAGGAGAUCACAGCCCUGGCACCCAGCACAAUGAAGAUCAAGAUCAUUGCUCCCCCUGAGCGCAAGUACUCUGUGUGGAUUGGCGGCUCCAUCCUGGUCUCUCUGUCUACCUUCCAGCAGAUGUGGAUCAGCAAGCAGGAGUACGACGAAUCUGGCCCCUCCAUUGUCCACCGUAAAUGCUUCUAGGCGGACUGUUACUUAGCUGCGUUACACCCUUUCUUGACAAAACCUAACUUUGCGCAGAAAACGAGAUGAGAUUGGCAUGGC